AUGAGUGAUCCAGAACCCUGCAGAAUGAAACACACUGAAGAUACUGAAGAACAAAGAGAGCUGAUGGAUGUGAAGGAGGAGAGUGAAGUGGAGGAGAAACAUCAUGACAAACCUGGAGAAAAAUAUUUGAGUCACUCAAAGACUAAAAAGACAUUUUUAAAGAAAAGAAGAGCUGAGAAAUCUACAACCUGCACUCAGUGUGGAAAGAGUUUCACAACUAAACAAAGUCUUGAGCUUCACAUGAGGAUCCAUACAGGAGAAAGACCGUUCACAUGUAAUCAAUGUGGAAAGAGCUUCAAUCAAUCAUCAAACCUCAAAGUUCACAUGAAAAUCCACACUGGAGAGAAGCCGUUCAAGUGUGAUCAAUGUGGGAAGAGUUUCAGACAACCAACAAAUCUUAAUGUUCACAUGAGGAUCCACACCGGAGAGAAGCCGUUCACAUGUGAUCAAUGUGGGAAAACAUUUAUUGGGUCAUCAAACCUGAAGAGACACUUGACAGUUCAUACGAAGGAGAAGCCACAUUCAUGUUCUGUGUGUGGAAAGAGAUUUUCACUGCUGCAAACUUUACAAACACAUGAGAAAAUACACACUGGUGUGAGAGAGUACAUGUGCUUUGAGUGUGAGAAGACUUUUACUUCAGGUAGCGAUUUAAAACAGCACGAGAGGAUCCACACUGGAGAAAAACCUUACAAGUGUUCACACUGUGACAAGAGAUUCAGUCGGUCAUUCGAUCUGAAAACUCAUGAGAGGAUCCACACUGGAGAAAAACCUUACAAAUGUUCACACUGUGACAAGAGAUUCAGUCAGUCAUCACAUCUGAAAACACAUGAGAUGAUCCACACUGGAGAGAAGCCACACAUGUGUGAUCAGUGUGGAAAGAGUUUCACUAUUAAAAGUCACUUGAAGAAACACAUGAAGAUCCAUACAGUGGAGAAACCACAUCACCACAGUCUGAAACCACAAAUAGGUUCAUCUUUAUGUGCUGAGAAACAAAGUCUCUUCAGUGAAAGACAGUCACAGUUAAAUCAAUCAAUCUCCACCUUUUUCUGCAUGGAAGCCAAAGACGGAGGUCCCGGGUGGAUAACCAUACCCACUGACCAGGUGUGUACUCUGGACCAGGGCGGUGAUGGCGUUCAGAAGGUUCUCCUGACUGAGGAAACAGUGGAGGUAUCGGCUCCAGUCAGACUGAUGGUUAUGACAGUAGGUUCUGAGAAAGCGAGUGAGCUCUUGGUUCAGCCGCUCUAUCUGGUUGUUGAACUGUGGGUGGUACCCAGAGACAUGAUGGAAGUGAAGCAGGAGAAUGAAGAACUGAGUGAAGUGGAGGAGAAACAUCAUGACAAACCUGGAGAAAAAUAUUUGAGUCGCUCAAAGACUAAAAAGACGUUUUUAAAGAAAAGAAGAGCCAAGAAAUCUACAACCUGCACUCAGUGUGGAAAGAGUUUCACGUACAAAUGUCAUCUUGAGAUUCACAUGAGAGUUCACACUGGAGAAAGACCGUUCACAUGUGAUCAGUGUGGAAAGAGCUUCAAUCAAUCAUCAAACCUUAAAGAUCACACGAGGAUUCACACUGGAGAAAAGCGACACACAUGUGAUCAGUGUGGAAAGAGCUUCAUACAGAGAGCAAACCUGAAAGUUCACAUGAAAAUCCACACUGGAGAGAAGCCGUUCAAGUGUGAUCAAUGUGGGAAGAGUUUCACAAACAAAAAACCACUUAAUGUUCACAUGAGGAUCCACACUGGAGAGAAGCCGCACACAUGUGAUCAAUGUGGGAAAACAUUUAUUGGGUCAUCAGACCUGAAGAGACACCUGACAGUUCAUACGAAGGAGAAGCCACAUUCAUGUUCUGUGUGUGGAAAGUGUUUUUCACGGCUGGGAAAUUUACAGAGACAUCAGAAAAUACACACUGCUGUGAGAGAGUACAUGAUUCACACUGGAGAAAAACCUUACAAGUGUUCACACUGUGACACAAGAUUCAGUCAGUCAGCAAAUCUGAAAACACAUGAGAUGAUCCACACUGGAGAGAAACCGCACACGUGUGAUCAGUGUGGAAAGAGUUUCUCUAUUAAAAGUAACCUGAAGCGACACAUGAAGAUCCAUGCAGUGGAGAAACCACAUGACCACAGUCUGAAAUCAUGAUAAGUUCAUUUUUAUGUGCUGAGAAACAAAGUCUCUUCAGUGAAAGACAGUCACAGUUAAAUCACUCCAUCUCCACCUUUUUCUGGUGAGCACACUGGUGUAGGGCUGCUAUUAACAAUUAUUUUGAUAAUCUACUAGAAAAACUGAACACUAUUAUACAUUAAAAAAUCAUUUUAACUAAUUAUUUUAA